AUGUCUUUAGCUAGAUUCACCCAGCCUCGUGUAUUAUUGCCUGUGGUGGCAGCAGCCACUUCAAUUGGUCUUGUUUACCAUUAUUCCUCCCUUUCCAUCCAAAAUGACACCGCCAAAACUUUCAAGGGUGGUGACGAAUGGAUCGACUUAAAAUUGAAAAAACUGUGGGAUGUUAGUAGUAACACUCGCCAUUUCGUUUUUGAACUCAAGUCCCCGGAAGAUGUAUCCGGCUUGGUCACGGCUUCUUGUUUGAUGACAAAAUUCGUCACCGCCAAGGGUAACAAUGUCAUUAGACCUUACACACCCGUUUCCGACGUUGACCAAAAGGGCACCAUUGACUUUGUUAUCAAAAAGUAUGAUGGCGGUAAGAUGUCCACACACUUCCAUGGAUUGAAAGAGGGCGAUACCGUGUCUUUCAAGGGACCCAUUGUCAAGUGGAAAUGGGAACCCAACCAAUUCCAAUCGAUUGCUCUCAUUGGAGGAGGCACUGGUAUCACUCCAUUGUACCAAUUGUUGCACGAGAUCACCAAGAACCCUGAAGACAAGACCAAGGUCAAGUUGUUCUAUGGUAACCUCACCGAGGAAGAUAUCUUGAUUAAGAAAGAAUUGGAUGAUAUUGCCGAAAAGCACAAGGACCAGGUGAGUAUCACCUACUUUGUCGACAAGGCUCUGGCCAACUGGAAGGGUGAAACUGGUCACAUUGACAAGGAAUUUUUGCAAUCGAAUUUGCCCGGUCCAUCGAAGGACUCGAAGGUUUUCGUUUGUGGACCUCCUGGCUUGUACAAGGCGCUUUCUGGUGUCAAGGUUUCGCCUACGGAUCAGGGAGAAGUGACGGGUGUGUUGGCUGAGUUGGGAUACACCAAGGAGAACGUGUACAAGUUUUGA